GUUAAAACCAACAGGACUACUGUCAAACGCUGGAGCCUUUUGGGAGAGAUGAGGCGAAUGAUGGAGACCAAAGGGAGCUGGCACAGGAGCAGCGAGCCCCAGAGUCAAAGCCCAGGCCAGGCUGAUGUGGCAGCAGCAAGUCUAGGCAAGUUCCAGGCCAUGUCAGCAUGGAGUUAGCGAGUCCAGGCAAAAUUCGCGACAGCCUUCCCCUGGAUGAACAUGACCUUCCAGCCUCCCUACUCCCCAAGUCUUUUUCGCAGAAGAGAUGGAGCCUCAGGAGCAGGUCCAGUUGCCAUUGAUACCAGGAUUGAGCAGGCAAUGGACCUGGUGAAGACUCACCUAAUGUUUGCAGUUCAGGAGGAAGUCAGGAUGUUGAAGGAGCAGAUCAAGGAACUGGUGGAGAAGAACUCAAAUCUGGAGCUGGAGAACAGCUUGCUGAAGAAACUGCUCAGUCCUGAACAGCUCCAGAAACUUCAGUUGCAGGACAGAUACAGUGAAACUGAUGCAAAGGUUGCGUCCCCAGAUCACGCAAUAUACUGAGGCUGGGUUAAGAAGCCACUCUGGGAGAAACAGGACCACAUCAGAGUAUUGACUUUUGUAAGAGAGAGACCAAGGCUACAGCUGGGCCUAACCAGGUGGGCAUUCCAUAGGAUGCAAUAUUCGUCAACAUAAUUGUCAACCUCCAAUAAGCAAAUUUUUCAUUGGGUAUGGAAUGAGCAAGGGAAGAGGGUGGGUUCGGUCAGAGGUAUCAUGGUAUCAUUCCUUUAAGGUUGAAGCCACAGA